CACUAAAAGAUUAAGUAAUUCUUAAUUCCUGAAGCCGUAAAUUCAGUUUAAGUUUACAAGUUAAAGGCAUAUAUGACACUUUAGCGUGAGAACUCUUGUGAUUCAGAAUUGCUUCCUAUUUUGCAAUAUCCUUUUAUUGGGCAAGAACGUAGCCUGCAAGACUCUCACCUCUCAUCUGGUCACGCAAAGCUGAAUGUGCCUUUUAAAAGAGAAGGCAACGAGACGGAGGCAGCCAGCAAGCAUAACAUGGCCCAGAAAAAGAGCAGUUUCGUGGAACUCAUAGAUAAUUUUUUUGCUGCCAAUCAAGAGAAUGAGAAUGAAGAGCUGCUGUUUACUUUCCGAGGAGUGUUAUAUCCUAAUCGCCUUUGUAGUGCCAAGACCUUUGAAGCACUGGAAACCAUGGAAGCUAGGAAGGAUGAUAUACUGAUAGUGGCUUAUCCAAAAUGUGGUACUAACUGGGCACUCAAAAUUGUAAAUGACAUGAUAGCCGCAGUUCCAAGUUCCAAGGAUUUACCACCUCCAGAAAACUUCCAAAUGCUGGAAUUUGGACCCCCCACAAAAGUUCAGGACAUGAAAAACCAGCCUUCUCCUCGUGUUUAUUGUACUCAUCUCCAUUAUGAUAACAUUCCCAAAUCUUUUAUUGAGAAUAAGGUGAAGAUGCUGGUAAUAUUACGAAAUCCCAAAGAUGCUGCUGUAUCCUAUUACCAUUUUUAUAACAAAAACCCUGUCCUUCCAAAUGCCAGCUCCUGGGAUGAUUUUUUUCAAAAGUUCAUGAGUGGUGAAGUUGGUUGGAAAUCCUACUUUGACCAUGCUCUUGCUUGGGACCGACAUAUGGAUGAAGAAAAUAUCAUGCUCAUCACAUAUGAAGAGCUGAAACAAAAUCUUUAUGAAGGAGUGAAGCAAAUAGCUGACUUUUAUGAACUGCCUCUGUCUGAUGAGACGCUUAACGCUAUUGCAGACAACACUCCUUUCCAAGCAAUGAGCAAUAAAUCCCAAGAAACACAUGGUCAAUUUGCUCCUAUUCUUUUCAGGAAAGGUGUUGUGGGUGACUGGAAGACUUUGUUCACUGAAGCCCAGAGCCAGGAAAUGGAUGCAAAAUUUGAAGAGUGUUUAGCUGGAACUAAACUGGGUGCAAAGCUAAAAUAUGACAAAUACUGUAAAUUUUAAAUCUUGGAUUUGGAAGUCAUUGUCUUAAGCCCUUUAGUUAAGAAUAAAUUUAUUUGUUCAUAGAUGAUUAUUCAGAUGCAAAAUACAUCAUUGAUUACACAUUUACUACAUGCGGCUUAUUUCACAGUGGCACAUUUUUGGAAGGACCAAGAAUAUUGGUAUAAGCUGGUUUGGAAUGAAGCAUUGUUAGAUAAACUAUAUAAGCUGGUUUGGAAUGAAGCAUUGUUAGAUAAACUAACACAAAAACUCAGAGUCUCUAGUGGUCAAAGUAAAAGAGAUAUAUGCCAUGUCUUUGCUUGCUGCCAGAUUUGUCAAAUCACAAGAGAAAAAGCCAUUGAACUUUCUACAGAGCUGCCACUAGUCCUUUCAGACCACACAGGCAGGCUUCUCCUGGAGUCAGUGAGCCUGUACACAAACCCAAGUAUCUAUUGCUAAACUAUCACCACUACAUGGGGGACUUCAGUGCAUGAGGGGCUUCAGUAUUUGAAUGGUGUUCAACUUCACAUUAAAAAACUUACAUGUAGAAAA